UCAAGCAUCAUCGAUUUAGCCGUCGUUCACAGAUGAAAAAAUAGAAACAUUUGUGAAUAUGUGUUAUAGCAUCUUCAAAUCAGUGUUGUCGGGAGAGAACUGAAAUCGAAGUUCGAGUGAUCGAGAGAUAAAAGUCGGACAAUUGUUUUAUGAGAAUCAAAACUCGGAAGCUUUUCUUCAUGUAAGCUUUUAUCUGCUCGAGAGAAAUGCAAUACAAAUCGUUGUUUGCUUCUUUGAAUGUUUUCUCUGUUUCAAUCAACAUCAACAUCAACUCCUUCCCAAUGAACCCGUGUGACUAUCGUGGCUCAAGCCACUAUUAUUGAGUAACACUCUGUUAAAGAGUUUCGAACAAAGAAUCACAAAAACUGAAUGAGCCUUCGACUGCGUGAAGUAUCUCCUUCACGCACCUGAAAUCCUGUUCUUCUCCCCGCAUUCACUUCGUGUGAACAACAGCGUCAGCCUCGAGAUUCGAGUGUAAGUUCACGAAAGACAACACUGAUCAGAAGAUCUAGAACAAGGUCUCCUUAAAAAGCAGUGGUAGCGGAUACGCGAGGUUUUAUCGCAGUAUCCUGUGCAGGAAGGACUUUGAGUACGACGAGCCCGGGUACAAAGAAAGGUGAUUACGCUGAUGAUUCCGGAAACCAUCGACGCGUCGAUGACGUCGGUGCCGCCGGGAUUAGGAGAAGUUGUCAUGGCGCUGGAGAACGCUGUGACGGUCCCCGUGUCGGGUAGUCCGAUCGAGGACGAAGGGUACCGCAUGGAUUCCGGUUUCUCCGGAACCACGUUCCCCGCCAAGACUGUUGUUGCUGCAGGAGUUGGAAUUCCGCCUCCGCCUCCUCUGUCGCCGGCCACGUGCGCGAACUGGCAACACCAGAGUCGUCUGGCGCGCGAGCGUGAGGAAGCAUCGGGAGUGAAGCGUCCGCGGUUUUCUGAUCCGAAUGCGGUUCCGCCGAUGCCGCCACCGAAGAUCCCCGAGGGAGUUGUUCUCGUCCCGAAGCCGCAAGGUGUGCUGAAUACCGGAGCCUACAACCCCCAGUUGGGAGCAGGCAAUAAUCUCAGCGGAGAGAACAACUACGGAGGACCAUCUGCAUACGACAUUGCAAACAAUCUGCAGACGCAGGCGGUGGCGCAGGAGUUGAAACGGAGAACCAGCAUGCUUGGCCACGCUGGUAACUCUUUGAAGCAGGAUACCGAGCUGAUGCAGGGUAACCUCGAACAGGUCGCAAACGCUGCUCUGCAUCUGAACCAACAAGACCAAGAACUUGCUGCUGAGCUGCAGCGCCAGUAUGGAAUCGCGAAUACGCAUCAGGAGGUGAUUGGCGUGAUCAACAAAUACAACAACGACACUCACAACAAUCUGCAACAGGAAGGAAAGCAGAUUCAGGAAGCGUUUAACCACGUGAGCAGCGAGUUUCGCUGCGUAAAGGAAAACUUCAGCGGAAUUGAAGCAAAAAUCGCGAAGCAAGUUGCCGACAGCAGAGAGCAACAGGCAAAAUUUGGUGACCAGUUGACCAGGAUCGCAGAAGGAAAUGCUGAGGAGCGAAAAGCAUUUCGUGGCAUCCUGAGCGAAAUGCAGGACGGUUACCUGAAACACGUCGGCGCGCUCGAAGGCAAGAUUAAUCGCAUCAUCGAAGAACGCAACGCGGAAGUAAGUGAUCCAUGUCCUUCUCCUACGCUGGGCGAGAAGAAGAUGAUCAAUCAGAUCAAGGAGCUGAGUGAAAAGGUCUUGCAGCUCCAGUCCGCAUCUGCGACGUCUUCUUCCUCAUCGUCAGGAGCCAGCAAGAAUUGGUACCAGGUCGGAAAUGCAAACGAUACUGUUCUGCAUGACGAUGAUGCGUCGGUCACCGAAGAACCAGUAAACCUGGGUAAGAUGACCGAGGAGAAGAGGGAAUUCUUCCAGCGCUACGCGAAAGCAAACGGACUAGCGUCGGAUGCUUUCGGAAUCCCUGCUGCAAACGAAGAGAUUGAGCGGUUGCGCAAGCUGGCGGAAGCGAGCUCUCCGGCAACUGUGGAAAAUCCCACGCAGCAGCCGUCAAGUCCGCUGGAAACUAUCAGUGACAUGAGCAACCUGAUCAAGGCGUUUAUGGAGCAACAAACGCGCACUAAACUCGCGGAAGAAGAGAAGAAGGUUGCCGGCUUCCGCGUGACGUCUACUAACAGCAUGGAAGCUAACCUCAAACAGUUAAGGUUCCAUGUGCCGCAACUACCCACCGCGGUAACAGACAAUGCAAAUAACCAAAACCAGGGUGUGAGCGGUGCAGCCGCUGCCUCAUCCUCGAGUCCCAGCGGUGCGGGAUUCAACGGGUACACGAACAACUUCGGGGGAAGUGGCACUCACGGUUUUGGGCAUGGUUUUGUUCCGCCGAAUAUUCCGGGCUUCCCAGGGGGUUAUCCGGGAUCGGGGAAUGGAAACGGUACGGGCGGUGGAAAUGGAAACGGUGGUUACGGCACGUACGGUGGAAAUGGAAACGGCGGAUCCGGACCGAACGGUGGAAAUGGAGAUCCCAAUGGAGGGAACGGACCGAGCGGUGGGUCUGGAUUUGGAAACGGACCGUACGGUGGAGGCGGUGGAAGUCCGGGUGGUGGAGGACCGCCAGGCGGAUUUCCUGGGAUGCCGAACUUCGCACCCGAGAAAAAGAAGUUUAAGUUCUCGCGCAUCCUGUUCGAGUCGAAAUACUGCAAAGAAAACAGUAUUGAUCUCGACAAUGGCGAAAACGCUUCUCCCACGCUGCUGCUCGAGAUGAAGGACCGCAUGCCGGAAGGACCUUGUCCCUCGAUCAAGGCAUACUCUGAUUUGUCCGGCUGGUUCCGUGCAGUGGAGUCGUAUCUCCGGAAGACUUACAAGAAUCCGCGCGAUUCCUGGCAGGUUUUGUUUCCGCACGAGUACGAGGCAGGUUUCAUCGAGGAACUCAUCUUCGACCUAGAGGAUGGCAUCAAGUCCGUGUCGAAGUUUCAGCAUUGCAUCCCCGCGGGAAUGAAGCUGAACCUCCGUGGGAUCGGUCUGAGACGAAACGUGAGAAGCACGCUCACGUUCGAGAACCUGCUGAACGUCAUGUACGCCCGCUAUCCGAGUGGGUUCAUCGUGAACAGGGCGGAACAGGACAGGUUCCAUUUCUUCAAGAAGAAGAAAACCGAGUCGUUGAAAAUGAUGCUCCUCCGGUACUGCGACGCCGCGAACGACGUCGGAGUAAAUCUGUUCCCGGUCCGUACCGAAGAUCGUACGCUGGUUUGGGAGCAGCUGAUGAUGAAAAUGCGCAAUCAGGACGGGACGAACGAUUGGGAUCCGAAGAUCACCAUCGAGUUCAUGAUGCAUCCGGUCUACGCGACGCCGCGCGUUCCCUACAUUGAGCGCAUGGUGGAGUACUUGGACUACCGCGAAGGUCUGGAAGCUUUGCAGCCGGGAAACAACGGUAGCAAGGAAAUUGGCACCGCUCCGCAGAUUCACGCGCUGCAGGAAGAAAUCGCUGCUCUGCAGGAACAGGCGGGGGCAAUCGGUGAAAACCUGACCGAAGAAGAGGUUGCGGCAGCAAAAGCCAACCCGAAGAGUCCGUACAAGUACAACGCCGUUAAGAAGUGGGGAAACUGGCCUGGUGCGGCGAACAAUCGCGCCGCGGGAACUAGCGGUGCUGGUCGGGGAAACUUUCGUACCAAGAGGAUGCAGGGAAAGAUGAGCACCCGGUGCAGAAAGUGUCUAUCGCGCAAACACACGACCGAAGAAUGCAGGUUCAAGACCAAGGUGUGCUCGGUCUGCUUCUCGCCAGAUCAUGAACGGAAAGAUUGCAAGGAAGCUCCGAAAAAUGAUCCGGUGACGAAGGUGCUGUUCGCUAAGGACUUCGCCGGGAAAUCCAAGAUGGAAAAGGUCGCCAUGAUCUUGGAGGCCCUGGGACCCGAUGAGGCAGAUACCGUGAUGCUGACGUGCAUCAGCAACAAGGAUCAAGAGCGGUGUUUUAUCCUGACCGAAGAGGAUCCGGUGCGGGAGCAAGACGCGUGCUUUUGCAACUGCGAAGUUUUCGUCACCGAGGAGGAAAGCGACAUCUGCUUCCCGUGCGAGGAUGGUUUCCAAGCCUAGGGGCCCGGAAUCCCAACGAAAACUCGCCGAGUAGUAAAAACGAAACUUUGGAUUUAGGUCCGAAACCGGAAGAGGUGGCUCCAGUUUCUGAUCGACAAGAUGUUGCUGAGCUUGAUUUUCCUGACUUUGUGUCAACCGCACUGAGCCGUGCAAAUUUCUCUUCUACAUCCCUCGAGCCAACAAGUUUCUCUGUGCACGAUGUGGUUGACGAGGUGAUGGGUCUCUCGAUGCCAGAAGUUCUUCUUUCGCGAAUUCCAGAAGAAGAACAAUCAUCACUACCUCUUUUGAAGCCGAGCACUACCGGCAAUUCCGAGAAUACAGCAAGUAAAAUUUAUGAAAGUAUGAAGUUAUCGGGCUUCACGACUCGCCUAACUACCGGCGUCGAGGACGUGCUCUUCACCACCGAAAUUCAUACCGUCCAGCUUGACGACGGGUACAGCCAGAACUUGUAUUUGACUGAAGAAACGGGAUCCAGCAGUGCGCGCCGUGCAAACGAACACGGUGUUGAAACUCCCGAAGAAUCCGCUGACGGAGAUAAAGCCUCCGGAAUAGGCGGUAGCAAACGAAAAAUUAUCAAGAGAAUUGUUCUACCUUACAAAAUCACCGAUGUAAAUGACGAACUUUAUUGCAUCGGAUUCGAGCGGGCUACUAUUACCGACUCGGGUCCGAACCUACUUGGACUGAAACUACGAGACAAGUGCUUUCUGACUUCGGUCAACGAGCCCGGUGUUCCGCUGAUGAUCCGCGGGCACAACGGCGCGAAGGUGGUGGAUUUUGAAGGGAAAAAUCAAAUCUACAAAUCCGUCUUCGACUUAAACCGAGACGAUUUUCAACUACUUCGCGAAAUCCAAAAGCGAGUCCCAGCAGACCAGUGGCUGCGUCCGGUGUUCUCGUCUAAGAUUAAGACGAAGGGACAACUUCCACUGCGGUACGAUUACGACGAUCUGACGAUCGGGGACUAUCGCAAAUUUGUCAAGCAAAGCGCUGCUCUUCCAUCAAAAGACUUUCCAGCAGAAGGCGAAGUUGCACAUCGAGUCGUCGAGUACGAUUCGCGGGCAGAGGAGGAGUUCGUUGCCGCUGCCAAGCAACUGGAAAGAGAAAAGCUUCGAUGCAUCGACAGUACCGGACCAACGCCAGCUGACGUGUACGCCAAGCCGACAGUGGUCAACCUCUACAACGAAGGAUGUCACUGGAAAGACCAGAGCAGUAUCCGACGCUGGAUUGCGAUGGAUCCGCUCCGUAACGUGUACGUUGGUCGGCCAUCCAAAUACGGAAAUCCGUUCCGGGUAGGUCGUGAUGCAGGUACGAGGAAGGAAGUUUGCCACCUUUAUCGUCAACAUCUGACUCGAGAGGGAUUAGAUGUCGAAGCGAUGCUCGAGCUUUCCGGAAAGAAUUUGGGGUGCUGGUGCAGCCCGGAAGAAUGCCACGCGCGUGUGCUGGUUGAUAUCGUCGAGCAAGGACUGUGUGGCGGUUGUGAAACUGCUGGUCCUACUCAGCACGGAGGAGGCUCAAGCUCCAGUGCUGCUCCGCGAAACCAGUGGUACGCUCGACAAGAAUUUGAAGAAUUUCAGGAAGAGGCGUACUGGGAAGUAAGCGAGGAGUCGCUGAAACGCAGCGGGGAUGUUGGAAGUUACGCGGUACUGCGCGUGCUUGACUACGACAUCGAAAAGUUGCCACCCACCCCGGAGUUCCUCAAAGAUAGGAUUCGUCUGCGCCGAGUAGUUGAUGUACAAAAUCAAAAGCGGCUACUACCAGAUGUGGUGAACAGCUGGGCGAAAACCAACAACGCGUGGGAGGAACUACCUGUUGAUGGUCAUCGUCGCUACGUCUCGAUUGACUACUAUUAUCACAUAGCUGACGACGCUGCAAACCAACAAACAAUAGCCGAAAGGACGCGUGCUUUCAAGCUGCGCGGGCGUUUGUCGUCGGAUUCCCACGAGCGGGCAAAGAUUGUUCGCGGCAAGAUGCAGUGCGGCGAGAUCGGAAAAGGUCUGCUAAAAUCCGGGUACCAUCGGGAAAAGCAGGGAGAUGAAAAUCCCAGUCACCGCUUGAAAGUACCAGGGCAUCUUGACAAGGUGCGCAUCUAUACCUGUCGCGACAUCAAUGAUUUGCCGCCCACGAUGAAACUCUUCGGUCGCCGCGUGCGAGUGCAGGAAGAGGAGGAGAUACAAGAGCUACUUCAGGGAAAACCGCAUCUGCAGACCAACAUGGACUCGAAGCGAACCAUGACUGGCUUUUCUGACGAAAUGAUUGAUGCGAUUCCGAAGAAGUUUAUCUCGAGACUCGUGAAGGACAUGCGUGAGGAUCAUCAGAAAAAGUUAAUUCUGAUCGACGACGCCGGGACUGGCAUGGCAGUGGCGAUUGGGGAGCGUUUGAAAUCAGCCGGAUCGGCAAACCUGGUUUACCAUGGUAGCGCCGCGAAAGAGCUGUUUGUCCACGACCUUACCCUGUUGCCCACCGGACAUGCAAUCCGAUACAGUCCUGAGGAGCGCCUACGAGUAGACGCUACUAUUUCUCCGUGCCAGCUAGUUCCGGAAGAGACGCGACGGAAGCUGCGAGCAGUGCAGGAGGUGUUGGUGCACUCGGGGAAAAUAGUAAGCGAGAAGGACUGCCUGGAGCAGUGUCGGGGCCGGUUGAAGAAAAUACCGGAGGAGACUCUGCUCGAACUCGUUCGUCUCGUACGACGGGAUUCCAUGGCGGGACUUCACUACGGGCUGAAAAAGCGCAAUAAGUCUUUGCAGGCUUUUGACCCGUGCGCGGCGGCGAUGAGUGGUGGUGUGAGUUUGCUGGACACUACUUUCAUUACCGAAAAUGAUGUCAUUUACGCUGUAAUCGGCAUUCUCAGUUUGCCUGAUCGUCGUAGUGGCUCAUUUGUUGCCGGCACAAAAUGGAAGUUGAGCAGAAUGAUGCAGGGGAUGUCGUUCACGGAUGAGGAAAAGGACGACCUCACGAAGGGCAUCAUGAUGCAGCUCCACCAGGGUCUUGGUCAGCGUUUGUUACAAGGUCGCGGGUCUCCAUCACAAGACGACGUGAUGCGGGCGAUUUAUUUCUUCUUGCAACACAAACUGGUGAGGAGAAAGAUCUACGCUGACGCAGGCGGAGAAAAUCUAGGGAUGGAAGACUGGGUGAGUUUGGUGAAAACUGGGCGAGAAAUCUGCAUUCUCCCCACCGGCGCCCCGGUCUACCAGCUGGAGAGAAGAUUUUUGACGAUGAAAAGUCUUCAUAAACGUCUCCGGCGCAUCCCGGCGUUCGCGCGAAUGCCACUAGAAAUUCUCCUGUCGGAAAUCCAUGAAGUCCUGAGCAAUCUCCCUUGCGUGGCGAAGAAGGGGAGGACUUUUGCAAUGGAAUUCUGGGGCGUAGAGGAAAGUGCAGUUGACAUGGUGGUCCACCCAGACGACGAAGCGGCGUCGUCCCUGGACGCCAAUGCCACCGAGUACAACAUGCACCGCCUACAUCAAGCUCGUGCCAGGAUCUGGUCCGAAACGCUGCAGAUGGUCACUGAAAAGUCUUUUAUCGACGCUGUCGAGAAGAUUUUGGCUAACUGCCGGGCUAGAAUUCGGUUGGAGAACGACAGCGAUUUUGAAAUCGGCGAGCUGGUAAAUAAGUACGAACCUAAGUCGAAAACCGACACCGUGGUGCGCAUAAUCGGCAAGGAGAUGAACAAAGGUGCAGCCGGUUUUACCUUCGUGGUGCAGGGAAAGCGAGGAAUUAGCCGCGUGAGUCCCAAUCUUCUCUCUCCUAUCGUCGAUUUCGAUCGUCUAUUGGGCAUUCCGUUCAAUUUGCAGCCUGUUUCCGAGCUGGACUACAAGAAGGGUGGAAAACUCCACGAGGCACAACAACAAUACCUUGCUGACCGUAAAGAGUACGAGUCUGAGUUAAUGCAGCCCGCAAGGGUAGCUACCCAUGACGGGGGUUCGCCUUUCUUUGUUUUAGCCCCCCGGGCGGGGACCGAAGACGUCAAAGAAAAUUCGAAAAAGCAAAAACAAGUAGCUGCUGAUGGUCUUCAGCUGGAGGAUGAGGAUCUUGAAUUCGAAUUUCUGAAAGACGACAUCGGAGAUAUCAACAUCAACAAGGACGACGACAUCCAGCUUUCCGACGAUGAGAAGGAGGCUGUGGAGGAUCCAAAUGAGCAGAUUGGCGCUGCUGCUGCUUCCUCGGUCGACGACCCGCUGUUUGAAGAUAUCACAGAAUUUGUCCACGCAAAUCUGGAAACUCGGUUGGAAAGGAAUACCGAGUGGAAACGUUUGGUCGAUGACGAACCGGGAGAACCAGGAGACAGCGAGCCUGAAGAAAUCCCGGCUGAAUUCAAAGAGAUGCACGAAUUCAUGAAGCUGCCAAGUCGACCGAACCGACGCGCCCUCGACAAGCUAAUGUCGCGGACCCCUGCGGGCGUUGUAAAAGAAGAAGACCUGUUGUGCGGCCUUCUCGAGCACGCACUUUUUCCUUCGUGCGACGGCGUGAAAAUUGUUCCGAAAUCCAUUGAGCUGCUGGACGAAUAUCUUCCUGAGGAAGCUCGUGCGGGUUUGUCACACCCCCAGCUGCAGUCGGAUCACCUUCUGGUGUGGAACAAGAACACAGUGCGCUUCGUGCACAGCAAGGAAGAAUGGGAAAAGCAUGGAAAAGGAAAAGUGUUGCGUCUGGUCUACUGGAAGCUGUUGCCGCUGAAGAGCUACGAGGAGCUUGGACUAAUUUCCAUAUUCGACCCGAAAGUUGCAAAGCACAUCGAGGUCGUGAAGAAACUGGUAGCCGCCAUGAAGUGGCCGGAUUGCGAUCACUCGUUUGUCGAGUCGCCUACUGGUCUCAACAUCCCGAAGCUUCUUGUCGCCGCGCAUCUGAAAGAGUGGAAAAGCAUGUUUGACGACGGGCUAGUCGAGAUCUAUCGUCCCGGCAUGCUGUGCUCCUCCGAGCGCGUACUUCCCGGCAGAGCAAUAUGUGACUUAAAGUUGGUUACACCGUUCCACUUUAAGGUCGCUAUUCGGGUCGUACCCGGCGGACACCGCAGUUCAGUUUCAGCGACAGCAGAAAGUCCUACGGUGGGCGAGUAUGAUAUCAACCUGAUUUUGAACUCGCUCCGUCAUGUUCGCGGACGACGCGUGGUGAAAAGCGGCGACGUUCCGCGGGCGUUUUUACGCAACCUGAGGUUUCGACUGGAGAACCGUCCGAAGUUCACCUUCCCGGCGAACAUCGUGCAAAACGAUGUGUUGACAGCGCUAAAAUCCAAUUUUGGGAUUGACAAGUCGACUAUAAUCUGUAUGAACAUCAGUUUAUACGGAUUACGGGAAGCGGCUUUGCUUUGGUUUCGAACCAUCAGCCAGUUCCUCGAAUCCAUCGGGUAUCGGUCCACGCCAGAAUCACCAUGCUGCUUCGUGAAAGGUCACUCGAAGGCGUGCUUGCACGUCGAUGAUCUCCUCUUCGCCGGCAGUGAGGAGGACUUCGCAGACUUCUCGCGACAGAUGAAAGACCGUUUUCAACUCGAAGCGUGGUCUGACGCACGAGAUGGGUUGAUAUAUACGGGCAUCUACAUCAAAUACGACGAAGACGGCAACUGCAUCGACACCAACAUGAGCCACAAGAUCGCCGAGUUGGAUGCGGCCGAUGUGAAGUUCGAUGGCGAUGAGAAACAAGUGCUGGACGAGAAGGAGGUGUCCAAGCUGAAGGCCAUUCGCGGCUCCCUAUUGUUUCUGUGCCGUCGCCAUAUCGAAGCGAAGUUCCCCACUCGUGCUCUUGCGCUGGGAAAGGACGAAUUGAAGGACCGUCGGUGGCUUGAAGCCCACGGGUCUAUCGUUUCGCGACUGAAGCAGCAAACGUCCGGAGUCAAGUUCGACUUGUCCUACACUGACGAGAUGAUCGUCAUGUUCCCGGAUGCCAGCUAUCAGUUUCCUUCCGCCGUUGAGGAGGCACAAGCCUGUGAGGACGUGUUGGACGCAGUGCGUGAUUUCCAGGGCGUGGAAGUGUACGCACCUGGCGAAAUUGACCUUCGCCGAAGUGCUGCUGCUGACUUCAAGUCCGGUGGAAUUUCCCAGUUCACGUUUGAAGAAGCACAAGUUGUCUCCCAGAAGUCGGAAACGGCGCGCCGUGAGCGAAAACGUUUCUCUGCUCUGGCCAUCCCGACUAACGAGAACGACUCGACCGCAGCCAGCGCACUUCGAAUGCGACCAGUACUAGGCUUCGUUGUGGUCUCCGUGUCGAAAGACGACUUCCAGAAGUACCUGAAGAAACAGAAACAGGCGAGACGCGUUAUGACACUCAAAGAGUGCGAUGCUCUCGAGUUGUUUCACAUUCGUUGCUCCUACCUCGGUAGUGACACGAUUUUCUGUUCCGGCGUCAAGGGAAGUUCGUACUCCGCGGAGUUGGAAGUCCUUGCGGAAUGUAUCCCCGUGUUGGAGAUGAUCCUGCAGAAGUACCAACGAUGGCAGCUCGAGGUGGAGAGUUGCAUCCUGUCUGAUUCCAAAAGCGCGAUCAGCAGGAUUAUGUCCAAGUCGGUGAUCAGCAACUCCGACGCGGAAGUUUUUAAGCCGCUUGCAAAGUGCAAGGACUGGUACUUCCGAAGCAGUUGGGAACUUGGAAGUGUGACGGAUUUUUCGAAUCCGGGAGACUGUUUGACCAAAGUCCCCAAGGGUCACAAGCUCCAGGAGUUCCUCGCGCUGCUUGCCGGUUCUCUGCAGAUGCCGCUGGGACAAAUGUACGUUUUCCAGCGUACCUACCGCUGGGAAAAGCCGUUGAAACCAAGUGAAACUGAAAUCUAACGAUCGAAGAUUUUGAACAACGUGUAUGAUGAAAAUUUUAUUUCUCACGAAAAAUGAACGACCCGCUGUUUCUCGUCCGCCGCAAAUAUCAAUCAGCAGUUUUGUCUACGGUGGUGUACGAUCAAGAACGUUUCGAGCUACGCAUUUGGAAUACCGAGUCCCGCGCUUUUCAGACAACUUUCUCUACCACGCGGACCGGAAAUCAGUUUCGUUUUCUCUGACGACAGGAUCCAGAAAAUGCACGACUACCUGUUUGUCUUCUUUUUGACCGAGAACUUCUUUUGCAACCGUGCCAGGAUUUUCUGUCCCCGGUGCGCGUCUUUUGCGAUUUUGCCUUUCCAGAAAUUUUGGGAUUUUGAACUACAAAGGACCUACCUCUAACCGAAGCGGGUGUUUGGUUCCGUCGUUCACUAAGGUUACCUGUGGAAAGGAACGAAGCGCGAAACCUGUUUCAAUCCGGCGAUCAGCGAGAGUUGACGCAACUUUUCUUCGUGACGAUAACGAUUUAGCUGGAACUCAGUUUCACUGGUGGAAAGCAGUCACGAUUGGAAAUACGUGGAGCAGGAAGGAUGGAGGAUCACUCGUCUUCUUUUUCUUUUCUCACCGCCCCCCGGCCACUGUGAAUAUGUGUUAUAGCAUCUUCAAAUCAGUGUUGUCGGGAGAGAACUGAAAUCGAAGUUCGAGUGAUCGAGAGAUAAAAGUCGGACAAUUGUUUUAUGAGAAUCAAAACUCGGAAGCUUUUCUUCAUGUAAACUUUUAUCUGCUCGAGAGAAAUGCAAUACAAAUCGUUGUUUGCUUCUUUGAGUGUUUUCUCUGUUUCAAUCAACAUCAACAUCAACUCCUUCCCAAUGAACCCGUGUGACUAUCGUGGCUCAAGCCACUAUUAUUGAGUAGCACUCUGUUAAAGAGUUUCGAACAAAGAAUCACAAAAACUGAAUGAGCCUUCGACUGCGUGAAGUAUCUCCUUCACGCACCUGAAGUCCUGUUCUUCUCCCCGCAUUCACUUCGUGUGAACAACAGCGUCAGCCUCGAGAUUCGAGUGUAAGUUCACGAAAGACAACACUGAUCAGAAGAUCUAGAACAAGGUCACCUUAAAAAGCACAUUGGUGUUUCAGACGUACACAAAUUGUUGUUGCAAAUUGCAAGCGUCAUGGCCUAGCCCCCCUAGACCAGUAGAACAGGCCAUCGCUGGUGUCGUGGUAGGGACCAAAGCGGAGAUACAGAUUACGAAGGUUUCCCCGCACAUAAGAUUUAAAAGCAACAGUAUAUUUAAGUACAUGGGUUGUACCAGCGGUGGGUCGGUGUUUUUGUUUUAUCGACAAGAAGUAGAAUCAAUACUUGAAGUACCUUGUGCUUGCGCAGUGCAAUAACAGCUCAGGAGCUGGACGCGCCGCGGCAAAGCCAAAGGUGAAUAGUGGCUAUCUCCCAGCUGCUGCAGUGCCAGUGUCACAGCGUAGAACCCGUUCAUCUUGGCUCUAACGACCGCAGCGCGACAGAAUGAUGGACGUCCUUUUCAUGGUGUUGGACUUUAUGUCCGAAUAUAAGUGGUAUUUGCUAAUCUUGGGCUGGAUCGUUAUGCAAUACAGCUACGCGUCGCCCCCGCCGGCUUCAAAUUUUCAUUUUUCAUUGUUCAAAUUUUGCAUUUUAGGAAUGAUUUUCUUGUCGUGUUGUGCUUGUGGUCCUGGAAAACAAGAGCUGCAAUCUAUCAUGAAUUCAGAUAUUACACAUACACGCGGGUCGAAGCGCAUGAGUAAGAGUUUAUCCUGGACCAACACAUUUGCAACCGGAGUUGCACAGACAAACUUCGCACUUCCAGGGACUGUGCGGUUGUGCGAAAUAUCUUUUUGCAAGGAAGACUAACAAACAAUGUAGGGACGGCGGGGGCGCGAUUCUCGUAUUGCAUAUCUCUGGUGUCGCAGGUGAUGAGUCGUAUCACGAAUAGAGGGCCGUUCCCAGUGUACGAAAACCAUAAGAUAACAAGCAUCGAGAGCGUCGGCCAGUGGAGCGCAUUCCUGAAGGAAAACAACCAGGUACUACGAAGAUGAAACUUUUUCAUGAAUUAACGUAGGUCAUGAUGUGCUCUUUUUGGAAGAGAAUGUGGUACUUCGCAGCACGUGCACGGAGAGGGUGUGUCCAUGAUCAUAUUCAUAUUUCAUUGAAAAUGAAAAACAAAAAGAUAGAAGUUUUAGUUUGCACUCAAAUACAACGCAUCCAGGUUGUCGUAGACUUUUACGCCACGUGGUGUCCACCCUGUCGAAUGUGCGCAGUUCCUUACGGGAAGUUGUCAGAAGAAUAUGACGAGAAGGGGUGGAAGUUUGCAAAAGUUGAUGUUGAUCAGGCCAAAGAAGUAGCUUUCCGAGCGGACAUCAAGUCGAUGCCAACGUUCAAAGUGUACAAGGAUGGGAAGGAGAUUCAGCAGUUUCGCGGCUUCCAGCCUGGUGGCUUGAAGGAAGUUCUUGACUCCAUGGCAAAGAAGCAAAACUGAUCUGGCAGUUGUAUUUAUUUUAUUUUUCCCAAAGCCAACGCUUUCAUGCAUCAAAAAACUUCAUGCCCCUGCGUGGCCGCCCUCGCCACCACCAGCAGAGGACGGCUUUUCCUACCUAGUAGCAGACGAACCAUCAAACGACGAUCGCCAAGGAGCGACAUCCAACAGAAAACGAUACCUCUGUUAUAAUUCAAUAAUGCUGGUGACAUUGAU